UGGCACACGAUCAUUCCAAUCAUUCCAUGGCUCUCAACUCUGUAAAUUGGACAGUGUUUUGAGAUCACAUGUUAUGCGCAAACGUACAAUGAAGCCGCGAUUAUCAUUUUCGUCCUAUACAAUUCUUCUUUAAGGCGGCUGCACAUCACUCGUUUAUCCCUUCACCAUGCCGACACAACGUACCUGCUUCGGCAGGCCGAUUAACAUCGUGAUGCCUCCGCGGCGUUUUCAGCUCUUAUUCGCAUUUAUAUUCACCACAUUUAUCUUCCUGUGGUCUCUGGGAUCCUCUGUAUCUGAGUAUCCAGCUGUGGCCGCAGUGACUGAGCAUAUCCCUCAGUCGAUACGGGAUCCUCACCUUCCGUCGAUACCAAACAGCUUCAACCCUUUUCGGCCGGCGGCACACAAACCACCGGAGCAGGAGAACUCAUCGGCAGGAGAGGCACGAUGGUAUUCAGACUGGCGGUGGCGAAAUCCAUUCUCCAGCUCGGUAACACUGGAAGAGAAGCGGGCGGUGUUACCACCAUUGCGGACCCGUCCGCCAAUAUAUACCUACUAUGAGCAGACCAUGCAGGCCAAAGUCAGUCCGGAAAUCAAGGACGCUGAGGAGAGACUUCUUUUCCAAUGGCGUCGCGCGUGGUGGGCGCAAGGUUUCAAACCUAUCGUGCUUGGAAAGGCCGAAGCUCUGAACAACCCCCUCUACAAGAAAGUUCAGAUGAUGGGUCUACAAGACAAUAUUGACAUAGAAUUGAUGCGUUGGCUUGCCUGGGGCACUAUGGGCGACGGGAUCCUGAGCAACUGGCUUGCCUUUCCAAUGGCUUCGCACGAAUCGUCGACCCUUACGUUCCUUCGACGAGGUUCGUACCCUCAACUCACGAAAUUCGAGAAAUUGAAGAGUGGGCUGUACUGCGGUAGCAAGAAAGACAUUAACAACGCUAUUGAGGAGGCGAUCAAGAGACCAGAAGAGUUGAAGAAAGUCUCCGACUUGAGCGACAAGAAAUUUGAUGAACUCUUUCAAGUGGCCAAAACGGACUCAAUAGCAUAUUAUGAAUGGGAUGUAAUCAAGGAAAACUACAAGCCCAUUGCGGAAACUAUGUUCGACAAGAAGGAUAUGGUCAGUGGAUACAGGAUGCUGUCUGAACUCAUCAACGCGCACCUACAGACGACAUGGCAGAAUACCUUUGAUAAGGGAGUCGCCGUACUGAAACCCCUCCCGCGCUUUAUGACUGUCUUGACAGAACAGGCCUACGAAAUCGCUGGAAACCUGACGGACUGCCCUCGUAACCCCAUCCCCACCUCUUGUCCACCAAAUAACCUGCGCACCUGCAAGCGUUGCAUAUCUUCGCAACCAAAACCUAUCACGACAGCCGCAGGAUAUCGUAACAUUUCCGGUCUCUUCCAACUUGGCUCCGUCCCGCACCCAUUCACGACUACGGCCUUGAACGCCGAGCGUGACAGCGUCGAAGUUAGAUUUGUUCGCCGCCUUGGCUUCAAGUCACGUGAUGCCUGGAUAACAGCUAUAACUCAGGAUUGGCUUGGUCAAGGUGUGAGUGCAGCUCGACGAUCAUCUUCGCUUAAAGAAGUUAUUGCUGGGGAGCAUGGGUAUUGGAAUACGCUGUUUCUGACAGCAGAGACAGAGUAUCACGAAGAUCUAGAUUGGAUAUUUGGCUUCGACAUCCCACGCAACGGAACGGGCGAUGGAAAGAGCGAGACUCCGGUUCCCGGUCCGGAGAGGCGACCUAAAGCUGAGACGAAGGGCCCGGUCGUGAGUCAGGAACAGCUCAGCCUGGAGAGAGACAGGCUGCAUAAAAUUAGAGAGGGUCUGGCAAGUAAAAGCAAACAUUUUAUUGCCAUCCGCGAUGCGGUUGAGAGCUGGAAUCUGGCGGACACGGAGAUCUGGAGAUUCACUCGCGCCUACUCGGCCAGGAGACGACUAGAAAGACUCAAGUGGGAAGACGAGGAGGAGCAUUAUGCCGGAGCCGAGAAGAAAGGUAGUAAAAGUAGGUGGGGUCGAUGGUUUGAUCGCGAUUGAGCAAUGAAAGAGCGGCUCAGAUUGGGUGUUCCUUUCGGCUCCUCGGAGGAUGUGCCGGUGUCGGACAUUUUUACACCUUCCAUGAAACCGGUGCUUGUUUCUACAUGCACCUUGUAUGUAUAGAAUGGUUGUGGCGUGGGGCGACCGGCGUGACCUGGAACAACUUUGUAGACGAUAUGACUAUUAUAAGACGUGCUUUGUGUAUUGAUAAUCUUUCGUCCAUGACUUGAUGUAACUUAUAUACUUGAAGCGGAAACAUCCGGCG